AUGAUGAAAUUGGACUCCCUCCUCCUUACACAGUCACAUGUUGACAACCCUCACACCUCUGCCAAUGUCGCCUGUGGACAGCUCUUCAUCUGUGAACCCUCCUACAUCUGGCUUUCUUGUUUAUGGGUGCAACAACACUGCCAUUUGAAAGAGCACAGACGGACCACUGGCCCUCGACCUGUCUGUCUCUCAUUUCCUCCCCAGUCAGAGAACAACAUAAAGAAGAUGUCUGAUGCUCUUUGCAUUGUGGGUUCAAUGUUUGGCUCUGCAGAAGGACAGCAAGGCUGUGAUUCAUGUUACCUGAUAAACAUGGGCUCUGUCAUAGGCAUUAUUGCCUCUGAUAUUCUCUUGACCAUCUUCAUCACUGUUUCUGUGUUCUGCUUUGCGACUCACCAAAGGAGAAGGAGGGAUUCUCAUGAUGGUAAAAGAAGUCCGCCGUCAUCGGUAUCAAAGAAAAUGUCAUCAGAGGUCACAGAAUCUCCCUACCAGGAGUUACACGGAGUCCAGUCAGAUGUGUACAGUGAGCUUCGGCACUUUAGGAAAUGAAACAAUGGAACUAUAAAAAUGCAAGCUAUAUGUGGAUGACACCACACAGUCUUCUACACACAUCCUGUUUUUCCAGUUGCAGUACACUCACGCAGUAUUAUAGUUAACAACGUACAUUAUGUUUUUGCAUGUAUAAUAGAUAUAUUA